AUGGCACAAGUAGUAUCGGCCAAGCCUGGUACUCAAACUGAAUCGCGAUUUUUGUCAGAAAUUAUCGAGAAUGCUGUCAAGAAGUGUGUGACAAGCGUCUGGGAUGACUUGUAUGCGAUUAAGAAAGCUAUGAAAGCGCAACAAUACCCAUUUAUCGCUUUAAGUAAAUCAUUAUCAAGAAUCGAAGAACGUGUAAACUACGCAUCCGAAGAUUUGGGGGCAAAAGUCAUUUCUAUAGAAGGGCAACCGGUAUGUCCGCCAAACUUUUUAAAAAGAUUAUUAGGAAUGGAAUUCGAAACAAAUCCACCAGUACAGAUGCUUAAGACGGACAUGGAGGCCGGAAAUUGUUUUGCUUUUCGAAAUGAUAGUGCGAUCGUAACAAUUAAAUUAUCGGAGCCGGUGUUAAUCGAUCAAAUCGGUUUAGAGCACAUAUCGAAAAAGCAUACACCAGGCGAAGAUAGCACAGCUGCUCCAAAAGAUUUUGCUGUGUUCGCCAUCAGCGAAAAUCGGGACGAGCUAUUGGGCAAAUUUCGCUAUGGAAACGAUCAGAAUAAAUUGCGACAAACGUUCGCAAUUAUUCAGCCCAUUAAAAAAUACGACUUGCUACGAUUUCAUUUCAACUCUAAUCACGGUCAUCCCAGAUACACUUGUGUUUAUCGAAUUUUUGUUCAUGGAAGAAUGUAA